UCCGCAAUUCACAACGUUGCGGACGGAUGUCUACAAAUUCCAAAACACCUGUUCGCGAGGAUGCAAUCUUGCCUAUGAAAAACGAUGCCAUGCAACUAAUUCUCCAAGGUGUCAAGAACUACGAAUUUCGCAGCUACCUCAUCGCACACACAGUCCACCGCGUCUGGUUCUACCUCAACGCACCGCUCUCGCACCUAGCGUACAUAUGCGAGAUUGACCCUGCGCGGACGCGCAAGGGUGGAGAUCCACCGCUGCCAGAAGACGGGGUAGGAAAUAAAGAGUUCAAUGAGGGAAGUGCAGACUGGGCACGCAUUGGAUACGCGUAUCGCAUACGCAGUUUGUAUAAGCUACGCCAUCCUAUACACCUGCGAGAUCUCAAGGCACGAUACGGGCUCAAAGGAGCACCACGGAGUCUAGUAUAUGCGCCUCCCAAGAUUUUGGCCGACGUUGCUUGGAAUGACCAAGAGCGUAUUAUUCCUGGAUCAGCUGGGACAUCCCUGGACUCGUAUUGGCAUCCUAAAGCUGGUGUUCCAAAGCCAAUCAAAUCGAACUCUUCAGAUUUAAAGCGAAAACGACGUUAUUCAACUGAAAGUAUAGAUUUGAAGCAGAGGAAUAAGCAGGUGGGUUAG